AUGUACUAUAUAUAUGUUCACUUGACUUUAGAUAUAGUUAUAAAGAACAUCAUCUCAGCAUCUGGAGCAGAUGUGAUAACUUCAAAUGAAACUGAGAACAUCCUUCUCUGCUAUCCACUCCAGCUGGACUCCUGUCCAAAACUGCAUCGUUUGACUGUGAUUAAAGUGGCGAUGUAUGUUUUGAUGGUGCUGAUGAUCCUCACAACAGUUUUUGGGAACCUGCUGAUCAUCAUCUCCAUCUCUCACUUCAAACAGCUUCAGUCUCCAACUCAUCUGAUCGUUCGCUCUCUGGCUGCCAGUGACUGUCUGCUGGGCUCUUUGGUCAUGCCGUACAGCAUGGUGCGAUCUGUUGAAGGCUGCUGGUAUCUGGGAGAUGUUGUGUGUAAAGUGCAUUCUAGUUUAGACAUGAGCUUCUGUAUCUCCUCCUUACUGCAUCUUAGUUUAAUAUCUGUUGACAGGUACAUGGCCAUUUGUGACCCUCUGAGAUACAGAAUGAGGGUCACAAACAACACUGUGACUGUAUUUAUCACAUUAAUAUGGAUGUUUUCUUUUCUAUACAGUUUUUAUGUUGUCUUUUCAGGGAUAAACACAGUUGGUUUGGAGGCAUUCAUUAUGCAGGUAUAUUGUGUGGGAAGCUGUGUAUUGUUUUUUAACAAACAAUGGGGUCUUAUAUGUCCAAUUGUCACAUUUUUCCUUCCUGGGACGAUCAUGAGUGCUUUGUAUAUUAAAAUCUUCCAUGUUGCACGAAAACAUGCAAAGAUUAUGUCAGAAAGAAUGACUGGAGGGAUGAAGAGUCAAAGCUCUGCUCACAGAGAGAGAAAAGCAGCUAAAACUCUGGCUAUUGUCAUGGGUGUUUUUUUGUUCUGCUGGCUGCCUUUUUUUACUGUUAAUGCUCUCGACCCUUUUUUCAGUUUCUUCACCCCAGCUGUUGUUUUUGAUGCUGUAAUUUGGUUUGCAUAUUUGAACUCCGCUUGUAACCCCUUGAUCUAUGGGUUUUUCUACCCUUGUUUUCAGAGUGCAUUUAAGAUUCUCAUUUCCACUUAUAUCUGUGGCAACAAGGUUUCAAACAUGACAACAUUUACAUAA